AUGUCGGGCAUGGCGGCGGUGGGGCCGAGUCCAGCUGGGGGGGCGGCCGCACUAGGGGGCCUGGGCGGCUCCUUAGAGGACAAGGACUGCGACCUGCUCUGCCCCGUCUGCUUCGAGCUGAUCGACGAGGCCUACGUCACGCGAUGCGGUCACUCCUUCUGUUACUCUUGCAUCGGGGAAUCAGUGGAGCUCCACCGCCGCUGUCCGAAGUGCGGGGCCGCGCUAGUCUCCCGCGACCACAUCUUCCCCAAUUUCCUCCUCAACGAGCUGGUGGCGAGGAGGAGGCUGAUGCUACGGGCACCGGCGCCGCAACAGAAUGCCGUCGGUGCUGGAGAUGCGGACAGGCUGCGCGCUCUCCUUGCGACGGAGGCCAGGCACCUGGCGCUGGCGGAUGUGGACGGGAUGCUUGACGUGCUGACGCGACGCUAG